GCCCCGCGUCUGCGCCGCCCUGGCCGACCCGCGGCAACCCGGCUCCGACGACACCUGCCUGGAGAAGCUGCUCGACUGGUUCCAGGAGCUGACGCUGUUCGGUGAGUCGGCUACCCAGGUAACUGCUGCCGCGUGUCUGUUUCCUCCUCCUAUAUGGAGGGUGCCUGAAAAUGUAUGUAUUCUGCUUAUAAAGUUUCUGGCAUGCGUCAAACGACUCGGCAAACAGUGAUACGGUAAUGAAGACCUACAAUCGUACUGUUCCUUUUCAGUUCUCAUGUAAAGCAUGACUUCUUACUUCUGUCUUGCCUCAGUAGUACUAUGAAUGCUAAUACGUAGUGCUUCUCAUUUUCAGUUCAAAACAGUAUAUGGGAUAACACUAUUUCACAGCCGUUAUUGCAAAAUGUUGUAUCCCUGGACAGAUCCUGUAGAUUUAAACUGCACUAACAGAUGUAGUUUUUCGUCUGUAGUAGGUUGACAGGAAAUCUCUGAUUCCCUGCAAAAAUGAGGGACCUUUCUAAAGCCCUGCUUUCUACAAUAGAAUACAAUUGUAGUACCAAACUCAAAACCCAAAAGGCUUUGAGGGAAGAGCUCUCUUAUGGGCAUAAAGAUGCCCUUUAUGCAUACAACUGAAUAAAGCAGUCUAAUGGAACUGAUAUAUACAUAUGUUGUCCCUAGCAUCUUAAAACCAAGCAAUUUUGGUCUUGAACACCUCUCUUGCUUACUCUAUCAUAGGAACAUGUGUUGAGUUUAAGCAUGGGAUUCUGAAAAUUUUCUAUUUUAGUGAUACUUCUAGCAAGAGAAGGUUUCACUACAGUAUUGAUACUCAUGACUUGGAUGACAGAGCACCCUCUCCGCUCCCCUUGAGCCCCUUUGCUUACCAUUUACUCUGUGUGUUCUCCUCUGGCCUCAGCAGGAGAAGCUGUUGGCCAGGCUCUUUGGCAGGGAUGGGCCUCUGAACAGCGCAGUGUGGGAAGACGCAUCUGUGCGAAGUGGCUGGGUGCAGGGUGUGCACAACAUGAUGCAUCACCAGCCUGCCCUCCACUUGCUCUGCAGUGGUGGGGGCAUAGAUGUGAUCUUCACUCUGCAAGGGGAUCCCAGCCUGUUUGUGGCUUCAGCUGCCAGUCAGCUUCUGGUGCACAUGCUCACCCUCUCUGUAGAGUCUGAAACGACUAAACCUCUCAGUACAAAGGACUGUGACUGGCCAGCGUGUGCCCAAAUGAUUAUAAAGCGUAUAGAAGAUUCCCUUCAGUCCAGCUCUGCCUCUCACAUCGAGCAGUCAUUAAAACUGUUAACUAGUUUGUUUGGCAGUUGUCGUGCUACGUGGACUGAAGUACUUUGGUUAGGCGUAGCAAAGCAAAUAGAAUCCUUUUUGACGGAAGAGACUGUUCAAGUACAGCACAUGCUGGCGAAUCUUUUGCUUAACAUGGCAUGGUCCCCUGUGUUUCGUGACACUGAAGGCAGUUUUUGGGCACUAGUGACUUCUGCUCUGGAACACUUAACCCCAGUACAAGCAGGUCCUUUGGCAGUGGGAAUUCUGAGGCUCUACAAAUGCCCACAAGAUGUGAGGAUUCAGGCACUGACUGUUCUACUUCAGCCAAUGGACUGUAUUUUGAGAGCAGCCUCCCAGCCUCUGGAAUAUGCAGGUUUGCUGGAUGAGUCUGUUAGCGAUCCCGUCACUGUUGAAAGUCUUCUGUCCUCCAGGUCAUCUUGUGCUAAUCUCCUGUGUCAGACCCUCGCUCAUCUGGAGGAGCUGCUGUCUCUGAGUCGUUUGCCAGUGGAUUUACCCUAUACAUCUUUGCUGCGCUCUCUCAUGACAAUAUUACAAUUCUGUAAUGGCUUCCUGAGUCCAGCUUCUCCUCUGGGAAGCACAAUAAGCCGAAUCUUGAUCAAUUGCUUCAGAGUACAGAGGUCAGCUCUUGAUGUCCUAGCAGCACUCUCAGAACGAAAAGGCAGUGACACACUCAUAGAAAGUCUAUUUGAUCUCCUUCUGGCAUACCUGGAGAGUCCAAACACCAGCCCUACUGUUCUAAAGAAAACAUUUCAAGCUACGUCCAAGUGGUUGGUGCGCUUGCAGGAACUGUCCUGCUCCAACAGUCAGGGGCAACAAACUGAGAAGAUUUUGGAAGAUGUGUUUCUGGUGCUGCAGAAGCGUUUGUGCAGUCCUUGCUGGGAAGUAAGAGAUUCUUCUCUGGAGUUCCUCACUGUCCUGAUUAAAUGCUUGAGAGACCAGGAUGAGUUCAGGCAGUCUCUCCUGUCUUCAGAGGUGCCAAGGCUUACGGAAAAUCUUCUUGAGGAUCCAGAAAGCUACGUGCGAGCGAGUGCUGUGACUGCUGUGGGACACUUGGCCUUCAUUACUUACUUUGCUCCAGAGCCACCUGUUGUAGGCAAUCAGUAUAAUAAAGAGAACACUGUAGCAAAGCUUCAAGAAAUCUUGUCAACGGACCCAGAGGGCUUUCCUAGGAGGGCUGUGAUCAGCAUCUUCAUCAAGUGGCUGAGACAAGGCUGCACAGGUCAGCUAGAAGAUACAGAGCAGUUUGUCUCUAGAGUGAUCCAAACUGUGGAGCAUGACUUAGACUGGGAAGUUAGACUUGGUGGUUUGGAACUGAUCGAAGUUUUCUGUAGCCAGACAAUUUGCCAACUUGGCCUUCCUCAGUGCCCUUAUGCUCCUGUCUCAUCUGCAGUCACUAGUUCCAUUCAUUGGAAUGAGUCACUGCAGGUAUUUUGCCGAGCAAAACUGUUCAGCUUUUUGUUUCGGUCUUUGUGUGACUGUGACAAACCAGUAGGUCAGAGAGCCUGUGAUGUACUGCUUGGCUUGAGAAGUAAUUUCUAUCCAGUUAGUACUCUGGAGGGUUCACAAGGCACUGGAGAUUCAGCUGUAGGACAUGGCAUUGCCUGGUUACAAAGGACGCUAAGGCAGGGUUCUCUGGCCCAGAAUUUCCCCACAGAUGGUAGUAAUGGGGUAGAUUUUCAAGAUCCAGAGAACAUGAUGAUAGCUUUGGGUGCAAUAGAGUUAGAAGAGCUACAUGAUGAGCUAAAUAGAAGUAGUGACCAUGUGGAGAAAAGCCCUCAGUCCCUCUUACAGGACAUCCUUGCUACUGUGGGGACCAUAGAGGAGAAUGAAGCUGACUGUUACUGAAGACAUCUUUUGCUCUGAGGGAGCAGUGUUUAAGUAGUUUUCUUCUGGGGGAGAAUUUUUUGCUACCAGUCGUGAAGUCUUUCUUGAGAGAGGAUAAAAAGAAGUGUUACACUGAACAGAGAAAAGGAUGGUUUUGUUAGCUUUAAUACUGAAGAAUUUUUUGUUAAAACUUGCAGUCUCCAAUAAACUGUGAUUUGUUUUUCAAAGUAAA